UUGAAGGGUGGUGAUCAUCAUCUCAUUCUUCAAUCCAGCAUGCAAACCUUAACCCCUUUUGACCAUUUCGAUUCACUUUCUGUAAAUGAUGAUGGGGUUUUAGUUUUAUUCUUUUCUUCCCUCACUCUGGAUUUGAAUUCUCACUUCCAUGGCCGUAUGGGAUGUCGGAGAUGUUUUGGAUUUCUUGAGGAAGAAUGGUUUCUCCGAUGUAGAAUCAGCUCUCAGAGACGAUAUCGUAGAGAGAGGCGAUUUGAGUUCUUCAGAUUUCGAGAGGUUUAUGUUUCCAAUUGCUCCUCCUCUUCCUCCGGUGAGAAUUCGAUUAGGUGGUCGACAAUCGGAGGUUUCUAAUGGUGUUGUUGAUCGUUCCGAUUCCAUCUCUGAUUCGUCAGAUGAUUUUGUUAGCAUCGGUUCUUCUACCAUCGUUGUUUCUCCCUCUGGUCUGACAAAUCCAUAUGCCGUUUGGCCUGAAGCUGGACUUAAAUCCGAAGCUUCAUCUGAUAGACUCUCUGAAUUUGGUACUGCCCGUGAUUACUAUGACUCUGAUGUUCUCUAUGAUACUAAUUGGUACAGCGAGAAAGAUGAGGGCUACCCUGAAAAUUCCUCCUUCAGCGGACCCGAAUUCUUUGGUUGUCCCAGUGAGGACAAGUAUGUUACUGCGUCAGAGGCAGAGAGGCAAUGUGAUAGACUGUUUGGUAUAAAUUAUGCAGCAGAAGGAUUUCAUUCAGUGACUAGUAUUAAUUGCUUGGACAAAGGGUGCUUUAAUGAUGCAUCGAUGGAAAAUGGUAUUUCAGUUGCUGAACAUUGGAAUAAGAAUGCCCAACAGGAACAUUCUGUUGAAGCAGGCUUUGAGGAUCGGACUGGAUGUUUUGGUUCUGCAGAUCCUCUUUGUGACUGUUGUAAGGGAGAAAAAGAUUAUUACUGUGGGGAGUAUGAGGAUUAUAACCACGUGAAGAGCUUGAAAGACCCUGAGCUGAAGGACAUUCAGUUAAAGCUUGUGCCUGAAUGCACCUUUUAUUGCGAUUCUAAUUCAGAGCACCAAGGAAAUGAGAGUUCGAACCACUCUAUAAAAAAAUGUUCUACAGAGAAUGUAGAUAUGAAGUUCUGUAAGGACACCAAUUUACAUUCUCAUGAUUCAGAAACCGCUUGUCAACCAUAUGGAGAUAAUGAUUAUGUAAUAGGAGAUGGAGAAAUGAUAGGAGAGCCCGAUGUAUCUGGAAUUGCAGGGGAUAAUGGGGAUUGUGCUACUCCUAUCGAGCAUCUAGCAUAUGACAUUGACAAGGAUGAAUAUGAAAUAUUCAACCUAAGAAUUAUACAUAGGAAAAACAGGACUGGGUUUGAAGAGAGCAAAGAUCUGCCUAUUGUUCUGAAUACCAUCAUAGCUGGCAGAUAUUACAUCACAGAAUACCUUGGUUCUGCUGCUUUCAGCAAAGUUGUUCAAGCACAUGACCUUCAUACUGGGGUGGAUGUUUGUUUGAAAAUAAUAAAAAAUGAUAAGGAUUUCUUUGACCAAAGUUUAGAUGAGAUCAAACUUCUGAAGUUUGUGAACAAGCAUGACCCUGCAGAUGAACACCACAUCUUGCGCCUGUAUGACUACUUCUAUCAUCAGGAACAUCUAUUUAUCGUUUGUGAACUCCUACGAGCAAAUCUAUACGAAUUUCAGAAAUAUAAUCAGGAAUCUGACGGGGAGGUUUAUUUCACAUUGCGCAGGUUGCAGAUCAUAACUCAACAAUGUUUGGAGGCAUUAGACUACUUGCAUGGUCUGGGAAUUAUCCAUUGUGAUCUGAAACCUGAGAAUAUUCUUAUCAAAAGUUACAGCAGAUGUGAGAUAAAGAUCAUUGAUCUUGGGAGUAGUUGCUUUCAGACAGAUAACUUAUGCCUAUAUGUACAAUCUCGCUCCUAUAGGGCUCCUGAAGUUAUACUAGGUCUCCCAUAUGAUCAGAGGAUUGACAUUUGGUCUCUUGGUUGUGUCUUGGCUGAGCUAUGCUCUGGUGAAGUGCUUUUUCCAAACGAUGCACUGGUAAUUAUACUUGCUCGCAUGAUUGGGAUGCUUGGUCCUAUUGAUAUAGAGAUGCUGUUGAGGGCGCAAGAUACUGACAAGUAUUUCACAAAGGAAUACGAUCUAUUUCAUGUUAAUGAGGAAACAAACCAAGUGGAGUACAUUAUCCCUGAGGAGUCCUCAUUGGAGCAUCAUCUACAGGUUUCUGAUGUUGGAUUUAUUGAGUUCAUCAGUUAUUUGCUUGAGAUUAAUCCACAUAGACGGCCAACCGCAAAGGAAGCACUACAGCAUCCUUGGCUGUCUUGCCCAUAUAAGUGAAGCUGUUCUUGAAUAUUUUACUGAGAUUGGCAUUGUGGGAAUGUGUGGUGUUUUGAAGUUUUGAGUGGAAGCUCUUCGCUGUGAAAAAAGGUUUUGAGAGUGAGAUUCUGCUCUGACUUUUUGUUGUUUAAUGUCUAUUGUGUGUACAGUGCUUGCAAUUUUAUUAUUUUCAGAGGGUGAGCACGUAGAGUGCUUGCAUUUUGAGCUUAC